AUGUUAUUACCGUCCGCAUUCGCCUGUGGCGAUUCAUCCCAGGCACUUUCUCAACCAUCUCGAAAUCACAAUCUGCUAUUCGCAUCACCACCUCUUUCUCCUACUUCUUCACUAUCUCCCACACCUACUAUCAGCAAUCUAUUCCAAUCAUGUCGCGCUCUGCAAUCUAUGCUCACAACCCCGACACAAUUACCUUCGCCACCUACACUUCAUGCAGAAAUUCCUUCAUCACCUCCCACUAGGACCUCCCAUCCGAGACUUAGAUUGCGCAUACCAUCUCCUGCAAAGAGUGUCAUGCCAGAAAUUGGCGAUAGGAAACGCAUCUCGAAACGAACACCGAGAGAAGUUUCAAGAGGAAUCAACAAGAGGAGGAGGGACACGGAUGAUGAGAUGAUUCAUGAGAGGAUGGAUGAUAUUCCGGGACAAGAGCACGAAGACUCAACACUUCUAGCUCCUAGCACACCGAAACGCAGGCGGAGAAUCGCACCAGAAGUUUUACCGUUAGGGCUAGAGAGAAGCGAUUUCCAUACGCUACGCUUAGCCGAGAUGGAGAAUACCGCUGCUGAUGAAGGCGCAUUCAUCUUCAGUGCUGGAGGUAAAUCACAGAGUCGUGAGAGGGAAGCACAAAGAAACGAGGAAGAAGAAGAUGGAGAUAAUUGGUCAAGGGAGGAAGAUAGAAUGUUAGUGGAGUUGGUGUUGGAAAAGCUCAAGUUGAGUAAAAGUGAUUGGCAAGAUUGCGCGAGGAGUUUAGGAAAGGAUAGAGGGAAUUUGGGAAGGAGGUGGAAGACUCUCAUGGGUGCUGGGGAAGUGGGUUUAAAGGGAAGGAGAAAGACCCGGACAAAUUUACACUCUACUUGGAGUUAG